UUCCUGGUUCUAUCUCACACACUGAUGCCUGAUGAGAGUGAUGCUGGGUUUUGUUCAUUGACAGGCCGGGCACAUCAUUGGUGAUCGCGCAAGUGGUCGUUCUUCGUGGUAGAUCUACACUCAUUCGAGGAUCUUGCUGCUUACCUGAUGAGCCUGAUCCUGUGAGUCUGGCUGGAUAGGACUAGGAGUGGAUCAUGCUUGUCGUUUUGUUCGAUUUUACUGAUCAGCUGUUGAAAUGGGGCAGCAUGCAGUGGAUAGUAGUCAGCGCGGUUUGGAGCAUGCAGGUUCCUUGUCACGCAAUAACUACUGGGCUGGAUAUUCUUACACGAUGAAGACGCUUGUGUCGGGAGGUGUGGCUGGCUGCUGUGCCAAGACCACAACUGCGCCGCUCGAUCGUCUGAAGAUCCUCUACCAGGCCAAGAACCAGCACUACGCAAAGCUGCAGAUCUGGUCUGGCUUUUUGGCCAUCUAUUCCAAGGAGAGCCUUUUAGGCUAUUACAAAGGCAAUGGGGCAAUGAUGGCAAGAAUAUUUCCUUAUGCGGCCAUUCAGUUUACGGCUUACGAGCGAUACAAGAAGAUACUGAUGAAGAUGCCACAGCUGGGACCGUUGAAUAAAUUUGCCAGCGGCUCAUUGGCGGGGAUAACCGCUGUAACAUUCACCUAUCCCUUAGAUAUUGUUCGAGCCCGGCUAGCAUUUCAGGUUAACGAGAACAAGUACAGAGGAAUCGUCCACACUCUUUUCUCCAUGAUGCGUGAGGAGGGAGGAGCCCGUGCUGUGUAUCGUGGCUUUGUGCCAACCAUUCUCGGCAUGAUCCCUUAUGCAGGAGUGGCGUUCUAUACAUAUGAAGCAUUAAAAUUUGUUUGCUUCAAUCACUUCCCCGAGUAUCUGACAAUGGAGACGGGACAUGGUGCUGUCCUCAGCGUGCCUGGAAGCCUUGGCUGUGGUGCUUGUUCCGGCCUCAUUGCGCAGAUAACUUCAUAUCCUCUCGAUGUGGUGCGUCGGCGUAUGCAGUUGUCCACAAGUAAAACACACACGGACGGCUGUGUGCGCACGCUCGUAAAUGUGUAUCGGCAGGAUGGCGUUCGCUACGGACUUUAUCGCGGUGUCAGCCUCAACUUCAUCCGUGUUGUUCCUCAGGUCGCAGUGUCCUUCACCGUGUACGAGAAGAUGAAGCAGUUCUUCGGCAUCGCCGCGCCCCCAUCCUGAAAGCCAUCAGCAAGCUGCAGCUGACUUGCUCUUGUGGCAAUGAUGCUGUUGUCUACUUGAUUGGGCAAGUGUCCCGCCGCUGCCUAUUGCCAGUGUGGACAGUUUGGCCGUGUCUGUCGUUGUCUGCUACUCAUGCUAUGCCGCCUAUCCUUUGCCGCACAGUGUCUGUCGCCUCCGCCAUAUGAAAUUGAAAAUUCCUGCUACCAACAUAGAUACUCACAAGAAGCUCACUAUCGUAUCCUCUUUAGAAGUCACCAUCACUUGACUACCCGCAGCCUCAUGAAACCCAUGGUAUUGUAGAAAACUCUAGCCUGUUGUCUCUUCUAGUUUUGUAUGCGGAGAGUUUUCGACAGCAAUCACGCCUUUGCGCUGACUGGUUUUCAGCUUGAGCUUUUUGCUGCCUUACCCACGUCAUGUUUGCUUGACUAUCUCUCUCCUUCUCUUCCUUUGGUUGUUUAGAUGAGCUGGUUUUCAUCUCAACUUCAUAUGUACACGUGAACGUUUUCUCAAGAACAUUUUGAGUGCAAUGUUCUCUUGGGGUGUCA